UGGCACCCUCUCCCAUUAACGUUUUACUCACCACCAACCGCGGCAGCAGCAGCGUCUCAAAACAAACCAAAACCCACUCUUCCUUCCUUCCAUCAAAACAAAACACAAAACAAUUAAUCACAUCUCUCUCUCUCUUCCUCUCAAGAACCCAACAACAGAUUCCAGUUUCAGUAUUCAUUCCAAGCAUUUCCCAUCUCAUUUCACCUGAAAAUCUAGCACCAAAACCCACCUCCAUUUCUCGCCGGCGACAACAACCACCAUGUGUGGCGGUGCUAUCAUCUCCGACUUCAUACCUGCCACCGUUGGCGGUGGCCGUGCUUCCUCCAGGAAGCUCACCGCCGACUUCCUCUGGCCCGAUCUCAAGUCCAAGUCACUCAAAAGCAAUAAGCCUUACUCCAAGCCCGUCGUCAUAGAUCUCGACGAAGAUUUCGAGGCCGAUUUCCAGGGAUUCAAGGAUGAUUCCGAUGUCGAUGAGGACGACUGUGAUGUUGAUGCCUUGGCCGAUGUCAAGCCGUUUGCUUUCUCUGCUGCACCUCCUCCCCAGCCUCGCAACUCCGCCGCUUCCCGCGGCUCUACAGCGGUGAAGUCAGUGGAAUUCAGUGGUCAAGCUGAAAGAUCUGCAAAGAGAAAGAGGAAAAACCAGUAUAGGGGGAUCAGACAGCGUCCAUGGGGUAAAUGGGCUGCAGAGAUUCGUGAUCCCAGUAAAGGAGUUCGUGUCUGGCUUGGCACAUUCAACACUGCUGAAGAAGCUGCAAGAGCUUAUGAUGCCGAGGCACGUAGAAUCCGCGGCAAGAAAGCUAAGGUGAACUUUCCUGAUGAAGCAGCACCACGUUCGGCUACAUCUAAGCUCUCCACAAAGAGCAAAGCUCAGAAAUCAGUUCCCAAGGCAAUCCCAAAAUUGGAUGCCGGUUACUCGGAGUAUGCUGAGCAAGAGUUCUUCAACUCUAUGAACUACGUGGAAGAGAAACCAUCACUGGACCAGCUCGGGAAUAUGGACACCUUGCCCUCAAAUGGAAAUGCUGGAGUCAAGUCUGCUGUUGACACCAGUGCUCCCAUGUACUUCAGUUCUGAUCAGGGGAGCAAUUCCUUUGAUUUUUCUGAUUUUGGAUGGACCGAACAGGGCGCCCCAAGGACCCCCGAGAUCUCGUCUGUGUUUCUAGCUGGGCCUGAGUUCAACCAAUCUGCAUUCGGAGAGGAGGAUGCUAAUCCCAGCAAGAAACAGAAGUUUAAUAAUUCUGAUGGUGCUAAGGUUCCUCCCCAGGAAGGGAACAAAGGGAAUUCCGCCGAGGGAGAGGAGCUGUUUGGGUUUGAUAACUAUCUUCAGAUGCCAUAUAUGGAAGGAGGCUGGGAGGCUUCCCUUGAGAAUCUACUUAACGGAGAAACCACCACCACAACAACAACGCAGGAUGAUGGGAACACAAUGGGGCUGUGGAGCUUCGAUGACCUCUCCAACAUGGUUGGAGGAGCUUAUUAAGAGAGCAGAUUCUGCUGGGCUGUUUGUUGUAAAUAAAGGCUACCAUGUUUGGAGUUUGGUGUGGGAGGUGAAAGAAGGAAAGAAGUCAGGCUGGACCUGCGUAAGGCAAAUGUAAGAGGAGUCGUCCGUUUUGUUUCUGUGUCGUCGCACCUGGAGCUUUUUGUGCAAGAGUACUGUAGUAUAUAGAUGACUAUUGAUGCUGUUCUGCUAAGCUGCCUUUUAUCUCUAGAAAGAAAGACAUUUUCCAAGAUGUUGAAUGAAUAUGAUCCCUGAAUGUAAUUUGACUGCUAUGUGGUGCAUGGUCUGUCUGUGAUGUUGGGAAGGUAGAGAAGAAGAGCAUUAUGAAGCUUCUGAACCAUUUUCCCUUCAUGUCAAUGGUCUCCUACCUAACUGAGAGAAGAGACCAUAAUGUCUAACUAGUUCUUUCGUUGUUCCAGAACGUGGUUAUUAAUGAAAUGCUGCUUUCAUUAUUCCCUGUGGAAAAUGUGUUGCU